UUACGCUGCAGUUUGAGUUACAGUCUGGCACGAGACGGGAGCAGAGCGGGACCGAGCGACGGACCGGGGACGCUUAACCCCCCCACCCUGAAAAAAAACCCCGAGUGAUGGAGAAGACGCACGUCUUCCUGUACGCCUUCCUGGUCUCUCACUACAUCUUUAAAAUCAUCUUCGUCUCGUGGGUUUUCGGGAGCGCGACGCCGGCGGACCUCCGCAACUAUGAAUUGCCUAAUUGAAGUUGGGCCACCUGAUCCGGUUUGCGCCAGGACGACCGACCGCAGUUAGGGCAAGAGGAGCCGUUAUGAGCGCUUGUGCAAACGGUGCAUUUCCUGCGCAGAGGUCUGGUGCGAGAAGCGGAAUUCUCAUCCCCCGGAUGCCUCAUCUCUCCGCGCGUAAAGGACGUGGAAACGACGCUCCCGCUCGCGGCUGCUCGAUGCGCUCCGCGCGAUGCUUUAGCCACUGAGAACGGGGAAGCCGUAGCCUAGUUAGGGUAGGAGCCGCUUGGUUAUUUCCGCCGUCUUGGAUGCAACUUGUGAGCUUUUUUUUUUUCUCCUCCCUCUCUCUCUUUUUUUCCCCCUUUUUUACGCUCAUAUCCAUUGUGCGCCGCAGCUGAGCCGCUCCGCCGCCACAGGCGAUCCGCAGCAGGACCUGGACCAUCGCCGUGAGGGGGCAUCCACUGAAAAGUCCUGCAGCUUGAACUUUUGCACCAGCAAAGAGAGCGUUUGAAGUUUGAAGCCAGAGAACCAUGGCUUUACCUGACAGCGGCAUAUCCGGGGAGGAGGUGCCCUUCCCAGAGAUCAUAGAGCUCAACGUUGGCGGCCAGGUGUACAUAACCCGCUACUCCACCCUCACGAGUGUGCCGGACUCUCUGCUGUGGGAGAUGUUCAGUCAGAAGUCCACCAAAGGACUGGCCAGGGACACCAAGGGGCGCUUCUUUGUGGACCGCGAUGGCUUCUUGUUCCGUUACAUCCUGGACUACAUGCGGGACCAGCAGCUGGUUCUGCCGGACCACUUCCCGGAGCGCGGCCGUCUGCAGAGGGAAGCCGAGUUUUUCAACCUGCCGGAGCUCGUCAAGCUCCUGGCGCCCAAAAUCAGCAAGCAGAACUCCCUGGGCGACGAGGGCUGCCAGAGCGACCCGGAGGACUCCUCGCCCGGGAUUGACUCUGCCCGUAACCUUGGCUCGCUGGGCGCCGCCGCCGCCGCCUGUGCCAGCCUGGUGCCCGGCGCCAUGGACGGCAAACGCUCCGGGUUCAUCACGAUCGGCUACCGGGGCUCGUACACCCUGGGCCGGGACAGCCACACCGACGCCAAGUUCCGCCGCGUGGCGCGGAUCAUGGUGUGCGGGAAGACCUCCCUGGCCAAAGAGGUGUUCGGGGAAACGCUGAACGAGAGCCGCGACCCCGACCGCCCCCCCGAGCGCUACACGUCCCGCUACUACCUGAAGUUCACCUUUCUGGAGCAGGCGUUUGACAAGCUGGCAGACGCAGGCUUCCACAUGGUGGCCUGUAAUUCCACAGGAACCUGCGCCUUUGCCCAUGAGCAGACGGAUGACAAGAUCUGGACCAGCUACACUGAAUAUGUGUUCUACCGUGAGUGAGACUACCGGCUUUGUUCCCCCCGGUCCCCCCACCCUAUCUCCAAGAGCCCCCCCCCUCCUCCAGCCUACAGCCAUCCUGUCUUUCUCUCUCUGAUGGCUUCUGCACCAGUAGAUGUUCCGUAGAUGUUGUGCCCCUUCCACCUCUCUUUUGCAGCUUUCAUCCUGUGAACAGUACCCAGCCGCUGCUCUGACUCUUCAUACCUUCGAAUCUGCAGCUCUCCACCCCCCCCCCCCCUACAAACCCCCCCCAAAAAAAACCUCAUCCCCCUCACCUCCCCGGGUUCAACUUCUACCCCCCGCUUACGCCGUUGCUCCAUCUUAGUUGUAGUCCCCAAGUCCUCAACCACAGCGGCCCCCCCAUCCUCCCCUGCAGACACUGAUACUGUCCCGUUUUGUACUGUCUGUAUAUGACGUCUGCCUUGGUGAAGCACAAUACUGUAUCCAAGAGCUCACUUGUUAACAAGCGCCCCGGUGUGUCUGUAUGGCUGCUGAAUCAGUCAUAAGGGGCGUCGGGGAAAGGGCUUCAAAGAGCGACCGUGACGUACAGUGCUAUAUAAUUUCCCAGCUUGCUUGAGCAGAUCGGACCCUCUUCUGCUCCUCUGAACUAAAUUACCAAAUAAUUGGACAUCUUAUCAGCCUUGAGGGACACGAGCAGCCCCAGCACAAGAAAGGAGUGUAAUCUAAUUUCCCUCAGUUGUUAUUAAAUGUGUCCAGUACCAUGUGGUUUGGAAGCGUGCCAUAGUUAAUCCGUUCAGUUGUUGUUUUGACUGAAGGAGGGCCGAAACGGCCGCACAGAUUGCAGUGAGAUUUUCUUUUCUAAACUUUGAAAGGGUGAAGCAGGAUGCAGUUGUGUGGAGUGCCCUGUUCAAAGAAAACACUGUUUGUUUUGUUGUUUUUCUUUUCUUUAACGGCAAAUGUACAAGCAACAGGCUUUGAUGCGCAACGAUGAAAGCUCGAAUACCAGGAGAUCUCAUAGACAGGGAGG